GAGGAUAUAGCAGCAGGUGCUGCUCCGUGCCUAGUCCUAGGGGAGAAUUUUUUUCACCUUCUAGCAUGUGUGGCUCUCACUCGCACGAGCCUGGAACAGAGAGAGAAACACAUGCUAUAUAAACAGAUGUAAUGCAAGCAAAAUUAUCAUUAACAUCAGAGUCAGAUUCGAGUGUGCUCUACUCCACUAUCAUACAAGAUGAGUUCGUCAUCAUCAUCAACCUCGUCUUCAUUCAUCCUCCCAGAUAGCCCACCAGCACAUGAGCAUAUCCUCAACUACUGGCAACAGAAAGCUGCCCUCGCUGCCGACGUGUCCGCUGCUGGACCUGCUCCUUCUCCACUCACCAUGGAAACACCAUCACCAGGGGAGAUCGUGCUGGGUGACAGUCCAGUUCAACACUUGGCUACACCUGCUACCUGGGCACUGCGAUGUGUGGUGCCAACAACAACAUGAAGCAGAAGCAGGGGAAGAGGAGGUUGGUGUUUGACGAGCCUGAGGUUAGCGGGGAUGAGGACGAGACAAUCUUCUCACAAACAAAGAAACGUGCUGCAAUGGAGAACGAGUCAUUGCUUGUCACCCUGAUGAAGGAAGUGCAGAGGGCAGAGGAGGAUGAGAGGAGGGAGAUGGACUUUGUCCAACUCAUCAAUCAGCCUGCACCCAAACCCUGGGUUUCACUGAGAGAGUUGAAAGAGGAUGCUCUCUACCCCAUUAUCAGUGCGAGGAAGCAUACCAAUAAACAUGGAUGA